CCUGACUCUGCUUUAAACGGAUCAAAAUCCUAUUCGUCGUGUCUCCACUGACACUUCACAUCAAAACCCAAACUCAAGUCACUGCCAUCUCGCACGUUUGAAUCCCCAGAAAGAAAAAAAAAAUGCACGAAAUUAGAGACCCUGCAAUUAGGCUUUUCGGUCAGAAGAUCCCUUUCCCUGAAGAUGUUGUUGUUGACAAAGAAGAAAAAGAAAUAGAAAGUGGCGAGGAAAGAGAACAAGAGAUGGAAAAAUAUGAAGACCAAGGACACAAGGAUGCUGGAGUUGAAAAUGUUACUGAGGAAGAGCUAGAAGUUGAUCCUCCUCCAAAUGCUGAAGAGACUAAGAAUUCAGGCUCAUCCCCUGAGGCUAUUGUGAACCCCAAAACACCUUCCAUAGAAGAAGAAACAGAAAAAUCAAAAGGUGACAAAACAGAGAAGGAACAAGGUGAUGCAGCCAACUCACAAGAGAAAACCCUGAAGAAGCCAGAUAAAGUGCUACCAUGCCCCCGCUGCAAAAGCAUGGACACUAAAUUCUGUUACUACAACAACUACAAUGUCAACCAGCCGCGUUAUUUCUGCAAAGCCUGUCAAAGAUACUGGACUGCAGGUGGCACCAUGAGGAAUGUUCCUGUGGGGGCAGGACGGCGAAAGAACAAGAACUCUACCUCCCAUUAUCGCCACAUCACUAUCUCUGAGGCCCUUCAAGCAGCUAGAAUUGAUUCUCAUCUUCCACCUUUGAAAGGCAAUGGUAGAGUCCUCAGCUUUGGAUUAGAUGCACAUGCACCUAUUUGUGAUUCCAUGGCAUCUGUCAACAAUCUUGGAGAGAAAAAGCCUCUCAAUUGCACAAGAAAUGGGUUUCAUCAUGGCUUUGAGGAUCAAAGACUCCCCCCCGUUCCUUGCAAAAGUGGGGAAAAUGGUGAUGACUCUUCAACUACAUCCUCCAUCACAGUUUCAAGUUCCAAGGGAGAAAAUAACAAAAACACCUUCCAACAACAAUCAGUGCCCCAAAAUCAUGGUUUCCUUCCUCAACUUCCAUGUAUUCCUGGUGUUUCUUGGCCCUAUACAUGGAAUUCUCCAGUUCCUCCACCUGCUAUGUGUCCUUCAGGAUUUCCCCUACCAUUCUAUCCUGCUACAUUUUGGAACUGUGGCAUGCCAGGGAAUUGGAAUGUUCCAUUGUUUUCCUCACAUUCAUCUGCUUCAAACCUCGAGUCUCGAAGCUCCAGUCCAAAUUCUCCAACUUUGGGGAAGCACUCGCGCGACGGUGACAUGAUUAAGCAAUACUCUUUGCCUAAAGAAGAAGCUUCAAAGCCAAGAAACGGGGGUGUUUUGGUUCCCAAAACGUUGAGAAUUGAUGAUCCAAGUGAGGCUGCAAAGAGUUCUAUAUGGGCAACUCUAGGAAUUAAGAAUGAGUCAGUGAGUGGUGGAGGUAUGUUUAAGGCCUUCCAAUCAAAGAAAAAUGAAAAGAAUCAUGUUGAAGCCUCUCCAUUGUUGAUGGCUAACCCUGCAGCUUUAUCUAGAUCCCUCAAUUUUCAUGAAAACUCCUGAAUUAAUCACUUCUUGUCUAGCUAGCAAGAGACGGUGACCAUCUGAGUGAUGAUGGGUUAUUGACUUGCUUCAUUGACCUUGUAUAGAAGAAGCAAAAGGGUUGUAGUCUCUGAUUUCCUCAGCAUAAGUGGGACGACGAGGACUAAUUUUGUCUUUAUUUUCAUUUGACAAUAUAAAAAUAGAGUAUAUAGGUUCUUUUUCAUGUGCUUAGAGUUUGAGUUCAUGUGCAUACUAUAUAAAAAUAUAUGUGAAAUACUGCCCUUUAGCCUAGAUAUGGAAAAGAUCUUUUUCUUUGUAUAAAAAUCCUAACGUUGUACAUGUUUUAGUACUUCGUAGAAAAGUGAAUAAUUUUGUUUGACUCUC